AUUAAUUUUAUUUAAAGGGCAGAGAUUUGAAUAUGUCAUGUGUACAUUUAUAAGUAAAAAAAUUUAAUGAGAUACGAAAUCGAGCACAAUGGGAUAAGGGGAUAAAAGCGAAAUUCGCGGCGCUUCAGUAUCGGAAGGCCGCAGGCCUGUGGUCCAUGACCAGUCGACGCAGCCUCCUCCCGGUUUCAGAGAGAGAGAAUCAGAGCCACGUUCAGUCAGUGGCCGACUCCCGUCCCGUGGAGGUGGUGCGCGUUACCGCUCCUUCGGCUCCUUUCUCAAUAGUACGUGAAACGGAGUUUUUUUAACUUCUGCAUACGUCCUAAGGUUCAUCCUCACCGGGCAUGACGAACAUCAGGAGCACGUGGUCGCUGGGACUUAUAAUAUUUAUUAUAUCAGCACAAGUGCAUCAUUCUCUUGCAAAACAUCAUCAUAUAAAAUUAAGGCACGGAAGGCAUCGCCGACAACACGGUGAAAGUUAUCUACCCAGCAGCUUUAUACCAGAUACGGAUGAACCUGAGAGAGGCAACUGGGGACCAUGGUCGACACCCAGCUCCUGUUCGCGCUCCUGCGGUGGCGGAGUUGCCCAUCAAACCAGACAAUGUCUCGACAUAGAUGAUAGUGGUCAUGACAAGUGCACUGGUGCAUCCAGGCGGUUCUUUUCUUGCAACAUUCAAGAAUGUCCCGGCGAAUCGAAAGAUUUUCGUGCAGAACAGUGCGCAGAAUUCAACAACGUACCUUUCGAAGGAGUUUAUUACGAUUGGAUUCCGUACACUGGAAGUCCGAAUAAAUGUGAACUAAACUGUAUGCCACGAGGAGAACGAUUUUUCUACAGGCAUAAAGUUGCUGUGACCGAUGGCACUCCUUGUGAAUCCGAAAAGAACGAUGUUUGCGUCGAAGGCAAAUGCAUGCACGUUGGAUGCGAUAUGAUGCUGGGUAGCGAAGUCAAAGAAGAUGCGUGUAGAGAAUGCGGUGGCGAUGGCUCGGAUUGUAACACCGUUACCGGCUUAUUUGAUACAGAUGAUCUCCAAGUGGGUUAUAUCGAUAUUUUACUUAUUCCUGAGGGUGCAACUAAUAUUAUUAUAAAAGAACAGUAUCCAUCCAACAAUUAUUUAGCCAUACGCAACACAACUGGAUAUUAUUAUUUAAAUGGCAAUUGGAGAAUAGAUUUCCCGCGCAGCCUGCGCUUUUCCGGCACGAUCUUUCAUUACGCUAGAGAUCCUCAAGGAUUUGCAGCACCUGAUACCAUUACGGCUUUGGGACCUACAAAUGAGCCGAUUUAUGUUGUGUUGUUGUACCAAGAUCGCAACGUGGGAGUGCAUUACGAGUACAGCAUACCCAAAAAGUUCUCGGCUCGUACUGAUCCAGAUAGUUAUACUUGGGUAACCGAUGAAUUCUCAAGUUGCAGCGCUAGUUGCGGUGGAGGCUAUCAAUCGAGACGGGUUGCCUGUGUACGAAGACGCGAUAAUCAGCCGGUGGACGAAAGUUUAUGCGAUCCGCAAUUGGAACCGGCUGACACUCAAAGCUGUAAUGAAGAACCGUGUUCGCCUCUUUGGAUAGAAGGCCCAUGGUCAACUUGCACCAAACAUUGCGGUGAAGGGGGUGAACAGACUAGAGAGAUUAAAUGCGAGCAGGUCAUCUCGGGUGGAAUAGCUUCCGUAGUGGACGAUUCUCAAUGUCUGGAAAAAGUCGGACCGAAAGGACUUACCAAGCAGGAAUGCAACAAAGAUGUGGAUUGUCCACAGUGGCACGAAGGGCCCUGGAAACCUUGCGAUCAUAUAUGCGGACCUGGUAAACAAACUAGAACAGUCACAUGUUACAAGAAAGUGGAUGGCAAGAUUCAAGUGCUAGAAGAUGGGGCAUGUGAAACGGAGAUUCCCGAACGUGAAAAAGCUUGCGAGUUGAGACCUUGCGCUGGUCUUGAUUGGAUUACCUCGGAUUGGAGUGGAUGCGAGGAAAAGUGUGAUCUCAUCAAAGAAACCAGAACUGCCUAUUGCGCUAUUCAAGAUGGCACAGUUUAUCCAGACGAUUUGUGUGAUACAGACAAAAAACCAGAAUUGGAAAGAGACUGUGAAAAACCCAAGAGCUGUGAUUUUCAAUGGUUCACUUCGCAAUGGAGCGAGUGUUCAGCAAAAUGCGGACAUGGCGUUCAAACGCGCAAAGUGUUCUGUGGCACUUUUAACGAUGAUAUCGUGAAGAAGGUUUCGGAUGAAAAUUGUGAUCCUGAAAAGAAAUUUGAAAAUAUCCAAAAUUGUACCGCUGAAGAACCAUGCAAGGGCGAAUGGUUCGCAGGACCUUGGAGCAAGUGUUCGAAGCAGUGUGACGGUGGCGAUAUGACUCGUAAAGUAAUUUGUAUGAAGGACAACAGGACUGUAUCUGUGAGUCAGUGUAAUGCUGACAGCAUCAUGUUCUCUACAGAAAAAUGCAAUGAUCAGCCUUGCGAAGAAGGCGUGACACCUACAGAUGACGGGUUAGAUGGGAAAACGAUAGGCGAGGAGGAGGAAGAGUGCGAGGAGGAGGAGGAGGAGGAGGAGGAGGAGGAGGAGGAGGAGGAGGAAGGAGGUGCCGCUAAAUUUAAUAUUCCUGAGGGGAAAGCGACAAUGGACAAACUAAUCGAGCAAACGGAAGCAACGUCUCUGAGUUCGCUAUUUACCGGAAGUGACAUUUACGAUACUAUGUUUAGCGAUUCUACGAGAGGCGAUAUAUCACCUUCCGAAUUGGGUAGUGGUGAAGGUAGCGGUGACGACGAAUUUACCAUGUUUGAAACUGACUUUUUCACUGAUAGCACUAUCAAUACUGCUGUCGAAGAGAGCGAAAGUCCAGUUAGCGAAAUUACGAGGGAAGACAAAAUUGGCACAACUGAAUUCGGAACAGAGGUAACAGAACAGUCGGACAUUACCGAAGAAACUGACGUAACGCUCGAAGGGUCCGGUACAAGCUCUGAAGAAGGAUCUGGCGCGAGCACACCUACGGAUGAAUUUACUCGAGAAAUUCAAGUUUCAACAUCCGACGGAAUGACGGAACAAUCGACGGAUUAUUCCGUUACCGUUUCUAGCGAAUUGACUAGCAAUGUUGAUACCGAAUCUACCGAUAGUAAAAGUUCAAUAACAACAAUCGAAUCGAGUGGUACGACGACAGAUACAAGCGAAUCGACCGAUACCGAUGUCACCGCGAUUUCUUCCACAACCGAGUUGAUAGAAACACAGACAACCGAUACAGCGACUGAAACGACCGAUUCUACAGAGACUGAAACAACACCGACUACCGAAUCCACAGAUACGACAGAGUCAACGCAGUCUCCAAAUACAUUAUCUUCAGAGACAGAGACUACAAUUACGGGGGAAACAGAAACGACUGAAAGCGAAACCUCCGAAACAGCAAUUGAGAUGACAUCCACAACCGAAUUAAAAGUACAAGGGGAAUCUGAUUUUGGCUCGGAAGAACUAAGUACCGACGCUACGAUAUCGUCGAGUCAAACAGACGAAAGCUACAGUACAAUCAAUAGUACGGAAGACACUACUGUUUCUGAGAUAAGUCCAUCGAGUGAGAGUGAAACUGCCGGUAGCGAAAUAACGAAAAUAACUGAAUCGGAACAAACUACGGACUCGGGAGGGACAAGCGAGUCCGAAAUUAGUACGGAAUCAGUUGAGACGACGGGAUCCGGACUGACUACUGAAACUAGUGAUAUUACGACCUUAAGCCCGACCGUUGAAUCGGACGCAACAGAAUCCAGCGAGUCUUCCGUCACGGUUUCUACGGAGACUACCGAGUCAGCUAUGACAACCGAGUUGGGCACAACUUUGUCAGGCGAAACGACUGAAUCGUCGUCGGCUGUCACAUCGUCCUUCGAAACAACAGUAUCCGGUGAGACGGAAAUAACGUCCUCCACGAUCAGUGAAGAAACUGAUCUUACUGAAAAGACUCAUAUCACAGAGAUAUGGACCACCAGCUUCCCAGAAACAACGAUACACAAACGGCAAUGCAAACCAAAGAAGAGCUGCAAGAAAACGCCGUUUGGAUGUUGUUACGACAAUAUCACCGCUGCUCAGGGACCAUUUGGUCAAGGUUGCCCAACACCGCACACGUGCAACGAGACACGAUAUGGUUGUUGCCCCGACGGCGUGUCACAAGCCACCGGCCCCAAGAACAGAGGUUGUCCGGAUUCUCAUUGUAACGAAUCACUCUUUGGUUGUUGUCCCGACGGUGUUACUACAGCGCAAGGCAAUGAUUACGACGGAUGCAAGAAGCCAUGCCAAGAAACAGAAUUUGGAUGUUGUCCAGACAAUGAGACUGCAGCUAGUGGAAAGGCUUAUCUGGGAUGUUGUAACAUCACUGAGUUUGGUUGUUGCCCAGGUGACGUUAAAGCCGCUUCAGGUCCUAAUGGCGAAGGAUGCGAGGAAGAAGUCACUGGAACGGAGAUAUAUGAAAUAACAACGCCAUUUUCACGCGAAGAUUGUGCAAACAGCACUUACGGUUGUUGUCCCGAUGGUAUCACUAUCGCAAAUGGCGUCAACUUUGAGGGAUGCGGAGUCAUUAAUGUCGAAAACUGCAGCGUGUCCUACUUUGGAUGUUGCUCGGACGGUGUUUCCCCUGCUCUCGGACCGGAUAACUAUGGCUGUCGCAUGCCAUGCCACGACAGUGCUUAUGGAUGUUGCGAAGAUGGAGUAACGCCAGCACAUGGACCGAAUAACGAGGGUUGUUGCUUAUCGACUCCGUAUAAAUGCUGUCCGGAUAAUAUUCUACCAGCUCGCGGACCAAACUUUUACGGUUGCGGCUGCCAAUACACGAGAUUCGGUUGCUGCCCGGAUGAUACGACAGCGGCACGUGGACCGAACAACGAGGGUUGUGGCUGUCAAUACACACCUCACGGUUGCUGUCCGAAUCGGUUUACUCCCGCCAGCGGAUCCAAUUUCGAAGGAUGCCCGUGUUACACUUACCAGUUUGGAUGCUGUCCCGACGGCAUUACUAUCGCCAAGGGCUCUCACGGUCAAGGUUGCGGAUGCGAGAACACGAUAUACAAGUGUUGUUCGGAUGGUAGAACGCCAGCUAAAGGACCAAACUUUGCGGGAUGCACCUGUGACGCGUCGCAAUACGGUUGCUGCCCAGAUGGAAUCGAGGAAGCUCAAGGAGAGAACUUUGAAGGUUGCCUCACCGUACCUUCGAUGCCUGGUGCUGCAUGCGGCUUGAAGAAGGACAGGGGCUCUUGCCGAGACUUUACGGUCAAGUGGUUCUACGAUACCGAUUACGGUGGUUGUUCAAGAUUUUGGUACGGAGGCUGCGAGGGUAACGAAAAUCGAUUUAAAACACAGGAGGAGUGCAAAGAAGUUUGCGUUCAACCGAAAGGAAAAGCUGCUUGUUUCUUACCAAAAAUCGCUGGUCCUUGCGAAGGAUAUCAUCCAACAUGGUAUUACGAUGCCGGCAGAAAACAGUGUGGUCAAUUCGUCUAUGGUGGUUGUCUCGGCAAUGCUAACAAGUUUAAAACAAGGGAAGAGUGCGAAGAACUUUGCGUCACACCGGACGACAUCGAUCCUUGCGAACAGUCAAAAGAAGCAGGUCCUUGCGCAGGUAAUUUCACAAAAUGGUACUUCAAUCGAGAAACGCAGACUUGUGAACAAUUCAUAUACGGUGGUUGCAAAGCGAACGACAACAACUUCCCGACAGAAAUCGCUUGCCAUCAACAAUGCUUACAGCCAGGUCGAAGGAAAGAUAUUUGCACGUUACCGCGGACGGAGGGUACAUGCAUGGAGAAGCAAUCUCGAUGGUACUUUGAUCAAUCGGAGAAUCGCUGCAUGCCAUUCUAUUACACUGGCUGUAAUGGGAAUAAAAAUAAUUUUGAAUCUAGAGACGCAUGCGAGUCUGAUUGUCCACCUAAAAUUGAACAAGAUGUCUGCCUCUUGCCCGCUCUCCUGGGAGAGUGUCACAACUACACUCAACGAUGGUACUACGAUUCCUACGAGCAACACUGUCGACAAUUCUAUUACGGUGGAUGCGGUGGGAAUGAGAAUAAUUUCGUGACCGAACAUGACUGCGUCAACAGAUGUGAACCGACCAUCACCACACUGCCUCCACCAGGACAAAUUGAGUUCCGGAUAGAAUUCUGUUUCUUGCCCGAUGAACACGGUCCUUGCUCCGAAAAUCAAAUCAAAUGGUUCUACGAUAGUCGCGAUGGUGUUUGCAAACAAUUCCGAUACGGAGGCUGUCAGAGUAACGGCAACAAUUUCAACACGCGCGAGGAGUGCGAAUAUCGCUGCGGUGAAGUUCAAGAUCCUUGCAUCUUACCAGAAGUGAUUGGUCCUUGUAACGGUUUUGUGAAGCAAUUCUACUAUGACAGACGCACUGAUUCCUGCUACGAGUUCGAGUACAGCGGCUGUCAAGGCAAUAAGAAUCGCUUCCAGGAUAGAGAAUCUUGCGAACGAAAGUGUAAGCGACAAACGAUUACGAUUACACCACCGGAGGUUACUCGAGCACCAGUCAUAAUGACUCCGCCGACUGGAGAACCGAAGAGUACAAUUUGUUUAGCACCAGUCGAUUCUGGCAAUUGUGAUGACAGCAUCACUGCUUAUUACUAUGACGCUCAACAUCACACGUGUCAGGCAUUUAUUUACGGCGGAUGUGGUGGAAAUGCUAACAGAUUUCAGACUGAAGAACAGUGCGAACGACUUUGCGGAAGAUUUCACGAACAAGAUAUGUGUAAUCUCGUUGUGGAUUCCGGCCCAUGCAGAGGCGCUUUCCGCAAAUAUUAUUACGAACCUAAUCUCCGUGUCUGCCGUGAAUUCACUUAUGGUGGAUGCGAUGGUAACGCCAAUAGGUUUAGUACAAUUUCUGAGUGCGAGUCCAUUUGCAUACAUCAUGAGGAACCAGUACUUCCUGGAAACGACACCAGUAUUUCAAAUUUAUCGAUUUGUAAAGAACCAGUUGAUAGUGGAUCUUGUACAUCCGGUGCCACAAAGCGAUUCUACUUUGAUGAGGAACGUCAAACGUGCCGAGCUUUUAUUUAUACCGGAUGUGGUGGCAAUCGCAACAGAUUCAAGACUUUUGAAUCUUGCAUUAAUACUUGUCUUAGGACGAGUAAUGAAAUAGAUGUGGAUUCGAAGGAUACGAAAGAUCGGUGUGCUGAGGCCAAAGAAGAGUGUAAUAUCAUCCGUUGUCCUUACGGUAAAGAGCAGUAUGUGGAUCCGCAGGAUUGCGAACGCUGCCGUUGCGUCGAUCCUUGUAGGACGAAGAUUUGUCCUGAGAGCACUCGAUGCGCCAUUACGCUUGUCGCUUCUCAAGAUGGCACGGAAUAUAAAGGCGUUUGUCAAUCCAUCGCUAAACCCGGUCGAUGUCCAAAAGUAUCCAACAGUACGAGAUGCGAGCAAGAAUGUGUCACGGAUGCGGAUUGUCCCGGAGAAUGGAAAUGCUGCGACAGCGGCUGUGGUACAUCUUGCCUAGAGCCUGCACCGGAAGAGCCUUUGACAACGACGUUACGACCCACUGUCACCCCACCACAAUACGGUGGUGAACCCGCGAUGAUUCAACAACCCGAAGAACCUCGGGUCAGCGCGCAAGAAGGUGGCUAUGUUACAUUGAAAUGUAUCGCGCUAGGAACUCCCAAACCGAUCGUCACAUGGAGAAAAGAUACCACUUUGAUUGGACCUUCGGAGAAAAGACGUCGUAUACUGCUCGAUGGGUCUCUUCAGAUCAUUAAUUUAUAUUCUUACGAUAGAGGAAUUUAUGUGUGUACCGCCGAUAAUGGUUUAGGACCACCAGUAAGAGCGGAGUAUCAAUUGGACGUUACAGAACCAAGCGAACUUGACGUCGCCAUCAUCGGGGAGCCCGAUACUCGCAUAACAGUGACGAUGAACUCGCCAAUAGCUCUACAUUGUUACGCCAUGGGAUGGCCUAGGCCAUUGGUCACUUGGUGGCGCGGCGACCAAAUGUUGCCUCUGUUCUCGGACAAUUACGAGCAAGACACCGACUAUACUCUUUUGAUACGCUCGGUAACUCUAACCAGCCUCGGUGUUUACACUUGCCAGGCGUUUAAUGGAAUCGGUACACCGGCCUCUUGGUCGGCGACCUUACAAGCGAUCGGACCCGUCUACAAUGUUAAACCCGAACACGAAGAGUAUACCAAGUAUCUCGUCCAACCACCGAAGAGACCCACCACCGAAAAACCGCAGUAUCCUUACAGGCCUACUAGAACGCAAUCUCCCGAGCAUCAAACUUAUGCUCCGGUUUACUCCUCGAAACCACCCUUACACAUCAUCCCUCGUGUUAUCCCUCUUGAAACUACUACUCUCGAGCCCGGUAGUGCUAGAUUCAAAGUGCCGGUUAAAGUCAACGUAUCGGCAGGACAAUCGCAAUUCCCUGAAGGCAGUGAUAUAAGCAUCGCUUGCACCGUCGACGGUUAUCCGAUUCCACGUGUACUCUGGUUUAAGGACGAUCAACUUAUUCGAACAAACAAUCGAAUAAAGAUUUCUGAGCUCAAUCGACUUAUCGUUAGUGAUGCAAAUCAAGAAGACUCUGGUCGAUAUCGAUGUGAAGCUACUAAUGAAUUUUCCACAAAUUCCGACAGCGUUGAUAUACGCGUAGCUGGUAUCUUUAUUCAUCCCCAUUGUCAGGAUAAUACAUUCUUCGCUAACUGCGAGCUUAUCGUGGCGGCAAAGUAUUGCACGCACAAGUACUACGCAAAGUUUUGCUGCCGGUCGUGCACAGAGGCUGGUCAACUGCCGGCGAGAGGACCUCAGGUCGAAAAUUCGAGAAGAAGAAGAUCUAUCUUGCGAAUGCUUGUAUAAGAUGCCAAAUCGACUUUUCGGUACUUUUCCGACGCACGUGAUAGUACAUAUCGAUUCUGGAUCGUGGCCGGAUUCGCCGGAUUCGCCGGAUCGUGGCGGGAUUCGCAAUGAAAAGAUAAAUGAAGAAAAAGGAGGAAGUAAUUGCGCGUACCUGCCCCUAUCGAAUGUGCCGGAUAAUCGACUUGUUAAAUCACUGCCAAAGCCUUAGAGCGUUUAUACAUAGGCAUAAUACAUAAUGCAUAUACGAUAUCCUCAUCUAAAGCGUUGCUAGAGCGAUCCUCGUGUCUUGGAGCGUGAUCUCGUUCUUGAGCACGUUUUUAUCCAUGUAUAUACGAUCUGAUGCUGAAUCCUAGUCCGUCAGAGCCAUAUUAGGCGGAGUAAUUAAGAGACCAGUGGAAACGUUGCGACCGCACGUUGUAUCUUCCAUGCGGAUGACCGCGUCGGGUGAGCGCGGUUACGCCGAAGUAAUCGAUAAUCGAGGAUUAAUUUUACGGCAUUAUAUUAUUAAAUAUGCGGCAAGUAUUGUUUCUGACUGGUGGUUUUCUCUUUUAAGUGUAUAUUUUAUAUGUCGCCAUAAUAACUAUACUUGAGCUUAACUGUAAAAUGAUAACUCAACUAGCAGAGCGUAUCCGCAAUAACGCGCGAUUCUUGUAAAUUUCUUUCGUGACAAAUCAAUGACAAAUCUUUCGGCAAUUGUUGGAUAAUCUUGAGAUUACGAAGAGAUUUGAAGAAUACAAUCUUGAUCGAUGUGAGAUGAUAUAGCGUAACCAUUCCUUUUUCACGCAGCAUAGGGUUAGUGCGUACGAGACGUGUACGAUACGAGAUGAUAUGAGAAUAAAACGUGAUGCACGAAACAAAGUUUUUACGCAUAGAACAUUAUCUAACGAUAAGUUGACAAUGAAUAAUGUCCUUCUUCAUUCUGGACUUCACUCUGUACUGCGUAAUUAAAAAGAGAGAACUAGUAUCUAUUUGUAUUAAGCGUAUACGCACACGUUACGUUGUACAAUAUAAAUAGUUUAUUAUGCAAUAUGCCAUUUACACUCUAUAAUAUUGUUUAUUACUCGUUUUCUUUUACACUCGUAUAUUGUGUCUUCUCUUGAAUUUAUUCUUUAUAAUAAAGAACUAUGCACGCAUGUAUGUGUGUACGUAUGUAUACACAAUCAUGUAUAUAUGCAUGCAUUAUUUUGUUUUUUUAAGAAAAGAACACUUAACGUCUUAAGAGCAAAUGUAUCUAAUGAAAAAACAGAACAGAACGGAAAAAUGUUUUAUUCGGUAGAAAAUUUUGAUAAUUAAUUUUUUGUCAUCUUCUCCAAAGAUGAAAAGACUUUCAAAUAGACAUAUAUUAUAGAUUUGAUUUUUUAUAUGGACAUUUAAGAGUUUUGUUCUUUCAAAGAGCAAUUUGUAUCGUAUGUACCGAAACAUUUAUUUAAUGAACAUGAAAUUAAGAUUGUUUAUAAAUGUCCAUUUGAGACUUGAUUAUUCGAUAACGAUUCUGAAAGUAAAGGUAAAAGUAACUAAUUUAAAUUUUAAGUUUAGAUAUGCACUUGCACGUAAACGCGAAACAUGUAAUUCUAUCAAUAUUAACGCGAACGCGUAAAUUUCGACAUAAUUUUGUUCUCGACUCGUAAUAUUAUUCAAUUAUGUGUCUUGUAGUAUUAUAUGUCCUUCAUCUACCGUCACUCCGCAUGUGGCAUAGCCAAUUUUCUUCUUUGUUCAACAAUCAGCUAUUGCAUUCGUGUGCAAAUUUUCUGCAUUUAACGUUUUUUGUUCUUAAAACGUUUUAAUCAUAACUAUUAAUUACGUAUGAUUAUUAUCGUGCACUGUUUAUUAUCGUUGGGUGCAUCGUUAUUCGUAACGUAUCAGGUAGAUCGUAAAAAUACUGAUAUAUAUAAAGUUGACAAUUAUAAGAAUAAAUAAGAAUAAUGAGAAGACAAAAAGUACCAAAACACAUUUAUAUACGCACUAUAAGUGUAAAUCGUAAGUCGAGAUCAUUACCCAUCGAAAUCGACGUGUAAACUUGUAGAACAAUUCUGGAUUGUUCUAUACUUGCACCAAUUCAGUCAUAGUAAAACGCAGUGCCUUAUUAGAUGACCUUUGAAAGAAUUGGGAAAAGAGUGCUGAAUAUAUACGACGUCUCGUUAGUGUAAAUAGUUGUUACAUAUUCCCCCCCCUCCCGCGUGUUUCUUUCCAAGAUGACGCCUAUAUCGUAGUAUAUAAAGCAAAAUAUAGUUUAGAUUAAUCUGGAGGACGUAUUCAUCCAACCACGAACAAGAAUAGUAUCGAGAUAAGAUAUUAAGUACUCUUCUCCUUUAUGCGUUCUGUUUUAGGUAUGAUCGAGAAACAUUGUAAAGUACCAUGUAGCGUAGUGAUCCAUUUAAUUCGAUAAAGCGAUUUAGGCAGUCGACAUUGAUCAUCUGUUUCUGUAGAUUUGGAAUUGAUUAAAAGAGAGAAUGAGAGAGAGAGAGAGAGAGAGAGAGAGAGAAAGAAUGGAAAACAAAGAAGCGUAAAAGGUAGUUGCGUUUAAAAUUUGGAGGCACAUCUUAGACGCGUACAUAUCAUCUGUAUUAAAUCGUUCUAUUGUAAAUAAUUAUUUACAUUGUACGAUUCGAGGCGUUGUAGCCUCUAAACAUGUCUCAUCAUUUUACGUAGAUAUCAUUUUUAAGAACAUGCACACACACACACACACACACACACACACACACACACACACACCUUUCUCCCGUUGAUUUUACACGUUAUUCAAUCACGCAUCACAAAAGGGUGGCAUAUCUUGUACAGUACCGAUGUCCGUACGUGCGUCUAGCAACAUUAUAAUUACAUCAUGAACGUCAUUAGGACCGCAAUUCUUACAAAUUUGUUGAAACUUAUUUUGCGCGUAACGAUGUCGGCUAUCGAUAAUGAUCCGCAGUCUUCCUUAUCAAAGUGUGUCGCGUUCAUUUCCUAUCUUGACAUCACAAUAUCGAUAAUAUUUCAUCACGGUCGAUAAAAAUUUAUAUAAACAUAUAUAUUAUAUAUGCUCUCAAAAAUUUCAAAUUUGAUCUAUGUGGAGAAAAAUUUACUAGAAAGAAAAAGAUAAAUAAUUAAUAUCUUUCAUGCAUUAUAUCGAUAGAAGUAUAGAGCUCAUCACAACAGUGCUACCGUAAAGUUUUAGCGGAUGUAAUUAUAAUUGUAAGUAUCGUAGAUAAUGAUUAACAUAUAUACAUAUAUAAUAUACACGUAUAAUUUUAAAACAAAUGUAGGGAUAAAUAUACAAGAGAAUGCCAUUAUCUACAAUUAUUGUACGGACAAUAAUAAUAAACAUAAGAUCCUUAAAUAUAUACAAUUAUACUAUAAAAAAAUGACUAUUAUUUUGCGGUAAAAAAAAAUUAAUCAAACGAAAUCGUUCAUGAGAACCAUUUUUCAUUUAAUUGUUAACCGAUAAUGAUACAGUAAAGGUAAAAUAUUUUAAUUUUUACGUCACAAUUCUACAUAAUAACACUAUGAUAACAUUGGGAAUUAAUGAUUAUAGAUGAAAAGAUCAAAGACGAAAGAAUUGACAUAAAAGUCGUAAUGAAGUGAAACAAUAACACUGUGCAACGCGAAAUUCGGCUUGAGAUUUCAAAAAUCAUUUCUUACGUACAUACGUUUGGCUGCUAAACGUGAAUCUAGGCAUAAAUAUCUCCAUCGCAUCAAGAUUUUCAGAAAUACGCUGUUAAAGUUGCUCAAAAUCGCAAUUUUUGGCAUUAUUCGAUAAUUAUAUAAAUAACUCUGGAUUGAAAUGGUGUGUUACUUCCCGCAAAGUUUAAAACAAAAGAUCUAAAUUAUAGGAUAAACAGAGUUAUUAAUCAUUAAAAAAAAGCCAAAAUUGCAAUUUUUAGCAAUUUUAAUUUGAAUAGAAUUUUUAAAAUCCUUCCGUGAUAUUAGAGACGUUUCACACACUCAGAUUCGUACUAAGCAGCCAAAUUAUAUAAGAAAUAACUUUUUAAAUCUUAAGAGGUAAAAAAAAGGUAAUUUUUUAUUGUUCAGUGUAAUUAAUAAUAUGUAAAGUUAAGUUUUCGUUGAUUCAUUACGUAAAUUCGGCAAGCGAUUAGGACGCAUCAAAAAACGCUUGUGUUGUUCCUCAGCUCUGAUGGUUUUUUCUAUGCGUUCCGUGGCGAUACGUUCAAUCUCUGCGAAUAAUUCGCUAUGUACGUCUAUGCACUGACGAAAAUUUUUACGAUCUAGUCGAUACACCUCACAGACUUGAAUCGCUACAACACUAGCUACCCUUCGCUGAUCCGCCACUAAAAGCGCAAUCUCACCGAAAUGGGCACCGUCAUUCAAAUGGCAUAUCUUGAAAUAAAAGAGAGUACGUUCCUUUUUUCGUAAUAUAAA